AUGUUUAAAAAGCGUCAAGCGAAUGAUGAGGAGGAUCAAUUAACGGAAAGAGGAUCGAAGAAUCCUCGUAUCGAAAUUGUCAAUUGUGAUGAUGAUUCAGGCAUGAAUAUUGAUACAAGUCUCCCGUCUAAUUUUUCACCAUCACCAUCGCUAUCACCAUCAAACUCUUACUUCAAUUCACGAGAAAUGAAUUCUCCAAGUUAUCAGCAGGAUGACAUUGAAGUAUCAAAUGAAUUAAAUAAAAUGAGUUUAGAUAAUAUCAUGGACAUGGAUGAUUGUGAAAGCACGUCAGAACUGGAACAAGGUUACGGUUCAAUAGCACUUAUAUCAGCAAAAGGAGCGUGUUGUAUAGCUCAAAAUUUCGAAGCAUUUUCACCAUAUAUCAAAAUAUUCUUUAAUUUAGGAAAGGAAAUAAUAAUAUUAUAUGAAAAGGCUGAACAUCAUAAAGAAUUAUGUAGUUCCCUUUUACAAAGAUGUAAUUGCGCAAUGGCCACUGUUAAAGAUUUAUAUAUAAGAAAAACAGAAAACAAAUGGGAUAUUAGUCAAUUAAGUAAACUUAGAAAAUUCUUCUUUACCAAUAAGAUCGAAGAAACUUUUCAAAACCUUAUAGCAGAAUUUGAUGGAUUCAUGAAUAGUUUGAAUUUUACCUUCACCAUACAAUCCAAUAAUAACUUGGCGACUAUUACAAAUGAUAUGAAACAGAUCAUGGAGAAAUUAUCAUUUUAUGACGUCCCCAAUGACAGACAAUCUCAACAAAAUUUUUUCAAUGAUGUGAAUUCAGUAGCCGGAAGUGCCCAAGAAUUUAAAAGACAAACUAGAAAAAACAAAAUUUUAGAUUCUUCUGAAGUUAAAACCUUGGAUGAAAAUGAACCAUUAAUCUUUGGUAAUCAAUAUCAACAAACCGGCGUCUAUCCUACCAAAAAGAUUGAAAAGCUUCCUCCUUAUGAUUCUAAAUGCGAAAUCUACAGUGUUGGGGCAUUAUUGUGGGAAAUUGCCGAAUUAAAAAAACCUCAUUCUGAUCUUAAUAAAUCGGACGUUCUUCUCGGGAUUAGAGAACGUGUUAAUGACAGAUACUGUCUACCAUUUUCAAACGAAGUGCCACGUAAAUGGAAAGAAUUAGUUAAAGAUGCCAUGAUAUACGAACCGGCAUGUCGUCCCAAAAUAUCCGAAAUUUGUCGAAAACUUCACAAAUUGAGUAAAAAAAACCACUCCAUCACGACCCAAGACUAUGCUGGGGAAUCUGAAGAAAAUUUAUCAAUGGAUUAUCCGAAUCCAUUGCCUCCAUCAUUUGUCACCAUUACAAUUCUUCCGAUUAACGACGCGAUUCGUACUCAUAAAUCAAAAAAUGGGAAUAAGCAAUUGGCAUGGCAAAGUUUUAAGUAUCAUUCAUCAACCAAUAUUGAAGCGAAAUAUUGGCUAGGAUAUUAUUAUUAUCAUCAUGGGGAAAUUAUUCCUGAAUUGAAACAAAUUGAUAAAAAAGAAAGGAUUAGAAUGUCUAUAGAAAUAUUUAAAGAAACGGCUGAUAAAGGAAAUCCUUCUGCUCAAUUGAGAUAUGGAUUAUGUUUACUGAAUGGUGAAGGUGUUGAUGAAAAUUUUGUAGAAGCUUUUAAAUAUUUAAAAGAUUCGGCCCAUCAGGGAAAUACUACAGCUAUGUAUAUUAUUGGAAAAGCUUAUUGGAAAGGUGGUAAUGGUAUUGAACAAGAUAGGGAACAAGGCGCGAAAUAUUUAAAAGUUGCUGCUCUCGAGAAUCAUCCUAAAGCUAAAGAAAUGUGUAAUAAAUGUAAUAUUCCCUUUUAA